AUGAGUGCUGAAGUGAAGGUGCUGCUGGAAGCGCAGCACGACAUUCAUGGUCGGAUCUCCCGCGCCGUGGACAAUCUGAGGAAGAUGGGCGUGAGCAACAUCACCCGCGACGCCAUCCAAGCUCGCCUCGGCAUCCUGGACAAUGUCUGGCAAAAAAUGGAGACCCAGCAUGAGCUCAUUCGUGCGGCGCUGAAGGACAAGUAUCAGGAGAGUGAGUACGCUGUAUCUGAUUUUAUUGAAGUCGCGGAGAAUACUUACGUGACACAACGUAGCACGCUGACCAGCUACGCUGAGAAGCUUAAGGGCGAGACGCCCGCCGCGCUCAGAGGCGAGCCGGACCACGAUCGGGCUCCUAAAACCUCCUUGCCGCGCAUCAAGCUUCCGACGUUUGCGGGAUCUUACGAAGAAUGGCCGUCAUUCCGCGACCUCUUUCAAUCAGUCAUCGGGGCGAAUGAGUCCGUCUCCGACAUCGAGCGAUUUCACUACCUCCGGUCUUGUGUCAAGGGAGCCGCUGAAAAAUUGAUAAAAUCAUUAACGGUGACCGGUGAUAAUUACCAUCGCGCUUGGACGAUUUUGUGCAAGCACUUCGAGAACAAGAGGGAGCUUAUCCGUUCUAAUUUCGCCGCGUUCACCUCCGUUCCCAAAAUGAAGUGCGAGUCAGCGGGAGAACUCGGUCGCAUUCACAACGCCGUAACGACCGCGGUGAACGCGCAGGAGAGUAUAGGGAGACCCAUCAACUCCCACGGUAUGGAUCUCCUCAAUUUUCUCACCGUCGAAUUGUUCGAUUCGCGUACACGGAUGGAAUGGGAGUCCUCGACCUGCGACUCCACUGAUCCGCCAGACCACGGCGCUCUCGUCAACUUCAUCGCUAAGCGCAUUCUCACGCUAAACGCCGCGAGGCCGCGAGUAUCGCAACCAAACUCCGAUGGCGCGUCGCGAACCGCGAAAGCUCACCACACGAAGACCGGAUCCGAUCACUUGAAGUGCGCACUGUGCCAGGGGAAGCACACCCUCAUGCAGUGUAACGACUUCAAGGCGAAGUCCGCGAUAGACCGGAAGUCCUUUGUAGAGCAGGGUAGACUGUGCUACAACUGUCUCGGGAACCACAUGAUCUCCAAGUGCCAGUCUGUGAAGACCUGUCUGACGUGCAAGAGCAAGCACCACACUACACUGCACGACGCGUACACUUCGCCCUCCUCCAACGAGGUGAACGCCCUGUCUGCGAUGCACUCCUCAUCUGAGCGUAAAGCGAUCCUCCUCGCGACAGCUCGCGUGCACCUCACUGACCGCGCCGGGGAUCUUCAUCCGGUCCGAGCGAUGCUCGAUCAAGGAUCCGAGGUGUCAAUCAUCUCCGAAGCACUGGUCCAACGGCUGAGACUUCCCCGCUCCCGCUCCUCAGUGUCCAUAAUCGGCAUCGGCGAGUCACGAUCCGGGUCAAUCCGCGGGAGAGUGGCACUCAGUCUCUCCUCGAUGAUCACCGGGGCCAAACUCAAGGCCGUCGCCUUCGUGUUACCGCGCCUGUCGGCCUAUCAGGGUUCUUCGGUGAAGAACCUCCCCUCCUGGCCUCACGUUCAUGGUCUUGAGCUCGCCGACCCCAGGUAUCAGGAGCUCGAUCCGGUAGAACUAUUGUUGGGCGCGGAAGUCUGCUCAACCAUCCUUGAGGUUGGCCUUCGCAAGGGUGGUCCUCAAGAUCCCGUCGCCCAGAGAACAGCCCUGGGAUGGAUCCUGUCAGGGGGGUCCAGCGCAGCACCCUUCCAAGGACUCCGUAACUCCUUGCAGUGCACUGUCGACCAAGAGCUCAAUCAGCUUGUGCACAGCUUUUGGGAACAGGAAAAGGAACUCCCCUCCUCUGUUGCCCUUAGACCGGAGGAUCAAGAGUGCGAGACCCUCUUCAUAAGUACUCACCAGCGAACUGCGUCCGGAAGAUACGUAGUACGACUCCCGUUUUCUUCCCCGCCAACGUCGCUUGGUGGAACCCGUAAACCGGCUGAAAGCCUCUUGUCAGCGAUGGACCUUCGGAGCAAGAGAGAUCCUGAGUUCGGCGUCCGGUAUCGGGAGUUUAUGCAGGAGUACGAGGACCUGAAACACAUGAGUCCUGUGAAUACGGUCGGUACCGCAGGAUGCUACCUACCUCACCACGGAGUCCUCCGCCAGUCCAACUCCUGCAGCAAGCUCCGCGUCGUCUUCAACGGGUCGCAACGUACCGCCUCGGGGGACUCCCUCAACCGACAUCUGCUGAUCGGCGCCAACUUGCUGCCAGCACUAGCUGAUGUCCUCCUUCGCUGGCGCCGGCACCGCUUCGUGUUCGUCACCGACAUCGAGAAGAUGUUCCGGCAGAUACUCGUCCACCCUGAAGAUCGUCGCUUCCAGCGGAUACUCUGGCGUCCAAAGGCUUCCGGCAAGAUCCAAGAGUACGAGCUGAACACCGUGACCUACGGGCUCGCCUGUGCUCCGUUCCUCGCUGUCCGCACUCUCCACCAAUUGGCGGCCGACGAGGAGGCACGAGCCCCAGAGGGAGCAACCGCUCUGCGCCAUGACUGCUACAUGGACGACGUGAUCACCGGGUCGGACACCUUGCAGCACGCGGUCGCCCUGCAGACGGAGCUCCGAGAGCUCUGCACGGCGGGCGGGUUUCCGCUGCGGAAAUGGGCCGCCAAUAGCGAGGCCAUCCUUGAGGGUGUUCCUCCCGAUCAUCGACUCAAACAGGCUCACCAUUCCUGGGAGAGCGAGGUACACUCCACCUUAGGCCUGCGUUGGCAUCCAGCCAGCGACGACUUCUCCUUCGCCAUCCAGCCUCGAAGCACUGGCGAAUUCACUAAGAGGCGAGUCCUGGCGGAAACGGCACGGCUAUUCGACCCCUUGGGAUGGCUCGCUCCUGUGAUCAUCCGCGCCAAGAUCUUAAUCCAGUCAGCAUGGUUGAAAAGGCUGGACUGGGACUCUCCGUUCCCAGCGGAGGACGCUCAGUCUUGGCAGCGCCUCCUCUCCGAGCUCCAUUUGCUGGAGCGCCUCCGAAUAAGGCGCUGGCUGGGUGUCAUUCAACAGGAUCCGACGGUCGAGAUCCACGGCUUCGCCGACGCGUCUGAGCGUGGAUACGCGGCCGUCGUCUACCUUCGCGUGUCCAGUACGGAAGAGACGUCCAUCCACUUACUGGCCGCGAAAAGCAAGGUCGCGCCGAUUAAGCCCGUGACGCUCCCACGGCUGGAACUCUGCGCUGCCUCCCUGCUGACCAAUCUCGUUCACCACCUCCGGUCAUCACUGGAGGUGUCGGCGCCAGUAUAUCUCUGGUCCGACUCCAAGGUUGUCCUCCACUGGAUCAAGGGUCAUGCUUCACGAUGGAAAACCUACGUGGCCAAUAGAGUGUCGCUGAUCCAGGAGCGGCUCCCCGAAGCGCAGUGGCGACACGUCCCGGGUCAAGAGAAUCCUGCCGAUUGUGCUUCCAGAGGGAUCGCUCCGAGGGAUCUGCUGAACCACCCCCUAUGGUGGCAGGGCCCCGGCUGGCUUCUCGGCGACUCGUCACUAUGGCCAGCCAGCGACGAGGCAUCAAUGGUCAGCGUUCCUGAAACAAAAACCACGGUCUUAACGGCCAUCAGCAAGGUCAGACCGGAGCCUGAAAUACUCCUACAGUUCUCGACACUGCAUAGGCUCUUACGUGUCUCUGCUUGGUGCCUUCGUUGGCGCCGGACCGCUCGUCAUCCUCCCAGCGUCGCACUGCUCUCGGACGAGCUCGACGCCUCCCUCAUUCGCUGGCUGAGAAUCGUCCAAGGGAUCCACUACGCCGUUGAACUAGCCGCCGUACGAGAGUCUCGCCCAGUGCCUCGCGGUAGCCACCUGGCCAGGCUGCAUCCAUUCAUCGACGAUGACGGGAUCCUGUGCGUCGGCGGCCGCCUGAAACACGCAAUACUCACGUACGAUGAACGACAUCCUAUGAUAGCGUCGCCCACUUCAUGGCUCACCAAGCUCGUGAUAGAGUCUUGCCACCGCCGGACGCUUCAUGGAGGCACUCAGCUCACUUUGGGGCUCCUUCGCCUCCGCUUCUGGGUGCCGCAAGGUCGAGCCGUAAUCAAGCGGACACUGCACCGGUGCGUGACAUGCACCCGCUGGCGAGCCCACACUCCGCGGCCCCUCAUGGCCGACCUCCCUCGGGGGCGAGUCACUCCAGCACGCCCUUUCCUGAGGACAGGAGUCGAUUACGCUGGCCCGAUAUUCCUCCGCACUUCCAAGAGGCGAGGACAUCGAGCUCACAAGGCGUUCAUAGCCGUGUUCGUCUGUCUCUGUUCCAGAGCCGUCCAUCUUGAGGUAGUAUCUGACUACUCCUCUGACGCCUUCCUCGCAGCAUUCUGCAGGUUCGUUUCCCGUCGCGGACUGUGCGAGGAAAUGUACUCGGACUGCGGAACUAACUUCAUCGGAGCGGGCAACCAACUCCGAGAAUUCUUCCGCGCGUCGUCCUCCGACGGCCGUCGCAUCUCUCGGGAAGUCGCCAAGGAAGGAAUAUCCUGGCGCUUCAAUCCUCCCGCCGCGCCGCACUUCGGAGGCCUCUGGGAAGCGGCGGUGAAAUCCAUGAAACAUCACCUGCGACGGGUGAUAGGAGAGACUACGCUCACCUUCGAGGAGAUGAGUACCCUUCUUUCACAAAUCGAAGCAUGUUUAAAUUCUCGUCCAUUGCAGGCUUUAUCAGAUGACCCCGACGACAUCACCGCAUUGACUCCAGGGCAUCUCCUAAUAGGCGCCCCUCUACUGGCGGUCCCAGAGCCUUCCCUAGCCGAACGGCCUCCGAACGCCCUAUCCCGGUGGCAGCUGCUGCAACGAAUGCGUGACCACUUCUGGCAGCGAUGGUCUCAGGAGUAUGUCCACGCCUUGGCACCUCGAUCAAAAUGGCUCAACUUCGAGCCCGCUCCGGAGGUCGGAACAUUGUGCCUCAUCCGCUCGGAGAUCACCCCGCCUUCCCGAUGGCCCCUCGCGUGA